GCCCAUUUAUUGCUCAUUUUGACGGUACAAGCUGGAUUGAUUUGCGACUUGAUCUUCCUGGAAGAGCUGUACAGACGGCAGUUGAUGAAGUUCGCCUGCGUUUUCGCACAAAGGAAGUAAAUGGUCUGCUGCUCUAUGGCGACUCUAGUCAACAUGACUAUUUUUGCGUCGAACUCUACAGGGGUCGUUUGCGUGUAAAUAUUAAUUUGGGCACCCUUCCUUGGUCUGAUGAACCAACGGACAACACGGUUGAUGCUGGUAGUCUGCUAGAUGACGACCAGUGGCAUGAUGUGCACAUUAUUCGUCAAGAGAAAAAUUUGAACAUCUCGGUGGAUCGGAUUCAUUGGACCGAUCCACAAGCUGCCUUGCAAGCAAUGCGCUGGGACGAGGCGCUGGGCUAUCCAUCGCGUAACCCAUUUCUCUGGUGGGGUCCUCCAAUCACACAAAGUCAGCUGAAUAUCACGGGAUUUGCGAUCGGUGGGUCUGGAAUUUUAGGAACUACUUGCCCACCAGUGACUACAGACGAUACAGUCAUAAUGUUUCCCCAGACCCAACAAUAUGUGGUGUUUUUGAAAAUCGAACGUGAUGGUGGUACAAACACGUUGCAAUUUGGUUUUCAGUUCCGCACACUAAAUCGUGGAGGCGUCAUGUUUUAUCAUACCGUGGACAAAGAUAUCAAUUUCAUAUCGGUAAGUGUAGUUUAUUACAUUGGUGUGUAA